AUGACAAAUGUGAUAUUGAAGGCAUCACUUUGCCUUCAACUCCUAUUGUCUAAUAACAAUGCAAGUAAUGAAAAUUUCGAGUACGACAACGAUAGCGAAUAUUUCGAGUACGACAACGAUAGCGAAUAUGAUGAAAACGAGUUUACGUCUUACUAUGAUCCGAAUUCAACACUAGACGCAUACGCAGAUUCAUACCGCCAAGUUGUGAAUUAUAAAUUUCGGAUGAUUGAACUUGAGACAUACUUAGAUCCUGAGAAAGUGGAAGAAAUAAUAAAACCAGAAAUCCUGAGACUUGAACACUUAUAUCAAAGUAAAUGGGCGAAAGAAUUUCUCGAAAAUGCAUACAGGAAGGCAGUGGAAGAAGACAUUGCUUUUCAGCACAAAAGUUUUGCUAAUAAACGAUUAUACCAUCUGAUGAAAGUGCAUAUUUCGAAGAAAUGGGAAAAUCGAAAAAAUCUGGAUAUUGCAGAAGGCAAAUUUUUUGCGAAGACAUCAGGCAAUUUGAAAAAAUACAAAGUCCAAAUUGCAAUGAUAAAGAAUUAUUUGAUAGAAGGGAAUAAAAAAAUGAACACAUUCAAAGCUAACCUUAAAGCGCUGGAAACGGCAGCAGUCGUCGCAUCUAAUGCAUACAGAAGUACUUCAACUUAUUUGCGAGGUGUGGAGAAAGGAAUAUCUAGAAAUGACUCAUUGAAUGAUGCUGAAAUUACGCGAGCGUAUUGGAAGGCUCGUACUGAUUUUGCCAAAGCCACAGCUGCAGGAAAGUGA